UACGCUUAUGAGACAUAUCCCCUAAAUUAAAUGACUCACUAUUGUCCCUUGACUGCCUAUGCAUUUCGAGAUUUUACGCAAUAUUGCUCUUCCCGGGUUCUCUUUUUCCUGCAUAUAUUUUUUGAGAUUUUUCUAAAAACUUCUACGCAGUCUUAAAAUGUUCGGACUUCCCUGAAUUUUUGAGAAAUCAAGAGUUAAAAUGGAAGCUAUUGCGAAACAUGAUUUCAAUGCCACUGCUGAAGAUGAAUUAAGCUUUAGAAAAGGUCAAAUAUUGAAGAUCUUGAAUAUGGAAGAUUCUGACUGGUACAGAGCAGAGUUUGACACUAAAGAAGGUUUCAUUCCCAGUAAUUACAUUGAAAUGAAAAAUUAUGACUGGUAUUAUGGUCGUAUAUCUCGAGCUGAUGCAGAGAAAUUGUUACUAACAAAACAUGAUGGAGCUUUUUUAAUUCGUGUUAGUGAAAGUUCUCCUGGGGAUUUCUCAUUAUCUGUGAAAUGUGGUGAUGGGAUUCAGCACUUUAAAGUCCUUAGAGAUACCCAAGGAAAGUUCUUCCUGUGGGUAAAAAAAUUCAAUUCACUAAAUGAGCUAAUAGAUUAUCAUCGUACUGCAACAGUAAGUCGAUCCCAUGACGUAAAGCUAAAGGACAUUCAAAAGGAAGAGUACUUAGUGCAAGCCAUGUAUGAUUUCAAGCCACAAGAAAAUGGGGAGCUGGAACUCCACCGUGGAGAUAUUAUUACAGUUCUUAACCGCUCUGACAAAAAUUGGUGGAAAGGAAAAAUAGGGUCACGUAAAGGAAUUUUUCCUGCUACAUAUGUUGUGCCUGACAAUAGAUGAAGCUUUUUUGGAUGAAGUAUGAACAUCUUUGUAUCAAAUCACAUUAAAAUAAGAACUUGCUGACUUCGACAUUUGAUUGACUGCACAUCUUUGAAACUUCAUAUUUUGUUUUUCAACUUUUUUAUUUGAAUGUAAUAUUACUGUUUUUAAAUUUUCAUGUAAAGGGAAGCAUGGCUAGUAAUCAUAAAUGUGUGGUGCAUGACUUUUUAAUUUGGCUGCAUGGAUGCAUCUGUUUUUAGAUUUUUGAAGGGACUUUAUACAAACCUCACUUUUUAAAGUGAGAAAGUGGCAUAGCCAGAAAAAAAUUGAAAGUGUUAUAGUUAAAUUUAAAAGGGAGAUACUUUUAUUUUUAGUCCUUUUCUAUGUUGUAAAAAGGGAAAUGGUGAAAAGUGGAAUUUUGCAUUAAAACAAUUUAUACUCAUUUAGCUUCUUCAUUAUGAAACUUAGACCUUUCCUUUUCUUUUCGAAAUAUAUGAGCGUCAUAUAGCCUAUGGAAUAAACUUUAAUGAAUAUAGUAAUGGUGAUGUUAUGCAUAACAAAUAACUAGUUUGUACAUUUGUAUUACAAUAUUGUUAUUACUAUUUGUAUCUGAUGGUUUAGAAUAAAUAGCAAAUAAAUGGUGGAAGGAACAGCUCUUAAAAAUACUCAAACAUUCCACUUUUUCAAUCAAGAAUCGUUGUGAUAACUGUCAUUAUGGUAUAAAAUUACCAUGCUGGUUAAUUACUCAAAACAAAAUUAGUAUUUUAUGCAUUUUACCCCAGCAAUCUUAUUUCAGAAAGUUGCAAUGCAUGCCAAUUGAUUUUUGUGACCAUUUAAUUAAUUUGCAAUUUUUGUACAUUAAAAACUAGGUAAUUCAUUCAUUUAAUUUCAAUUUAUGUCACAUACUGAUAACUCGGAACUCCAUUACACAAGGUGCAUUCCAAAAAUGAUGGGACAUUUUUUUAAAGCACAACUACAUACUAUAAUGCUCUCUAACUUGCUGGUCUGAGUGUAGGAGAGUAUGAACUUCACAGUAUAUCCAUUUUCAGUCUUUACCGAACUGUUAGAAAGUCAGGAUGAAUUACAUUGAUCCCUGGUUUGACCUUUAUGUAGCCCCAGGCCCCCCCUUUUUUUUUGGAAGAGCUCAAAACUCCAAAAUAAGUGUUUCUUGCUACAAAAAAAAAAAAAAAAAAAAAACAUAAUGGCAACACAACAACUCACAGCCCCUUUAUUUCCUGCCCAAUACACAUGCCCUAUUGGUUCUUCAGCCCCCUGGAGUCCUGACCUGGCUCCCUCAGACUUUGGUUUAUUUCUUUGCUUAAAAUGUGUCCUGAAAGAAAAACUCACGCCAUAACAUAUUUUACUCACACGAUAACAACCAAUAAAGAAUAAGAUUACUGGUCAUAAUUAUAAUUGUAUGAAUGCUAACUUUAAAGUCAAUUCAAAUCUAGUGCAAAAGAGGAAAGAAGAGUAAAGCUACAGAAGCACGCUUUUCAAAACUAUUAUUUUUAACCAUCAACUUUUAUUGCAUCAAAUAUUUUUUACCAAUUUUUUAUGGUAAAAAUAAUUUAAUAAAUAUUUAUAUCAUUAACUAUUUAUUUAAAUUUUGUUGUGUGUGUGUUCAUUAAAAAAAUAUUAUAAAAACUCUAUAAUAUUUAUUUUUUCCAUAGUUAAUAAAGUGGGAAUUGUAUAAAUUUACAUUUUUAUGUCCCGUCAUCCUUCAUACUGCAUAUGGUCAAACAUUCUACUUUUUUUAAAAUCAAGCCAGACGUUUUGAAAUCUUAUUUGCACGCUGGGGAACACUUUUUUCUAUUCAUAAACGUGGUAUCACUGAAAGCACUCCAUUAUAAAAUAUUUUGCUAUUUUGUGUUCAGUAUUAUUUAUUACUUUUUCUUUUUUUGCAACUGUUUGAAUGUCUGAAGAAGGUUUGAAUUUAUUUUAUGCGUAGUAGAAAAACCAAAUAAAUUUAAAACAUGUUCAUGUGCCAAUUUUUAUGAUAUAAUAAUAGCUCUUUUGUUUGUAUUUUAAUAAAAAUUUUAAAAAAAUUGUAGGGAAACCUCUUUUAAUUGACUCAUAUAAGAAAAAAUAACUUAAUAACUAACUAAACAUCGAAAAAUUGAGUUGGAAAAAUAACCCAUAUUAAUAUGUAUAUAGACAAUGAAAUAACAAUUAUUUUGCUUUUAGAAAAGUUAGGGAAGACCAUUCCUGACUUUGUAGCAUUUCAAAAAUUUAAACAAUGCAAUGUUAUAUAUAUUUAUGUAAAGUGUUAUUCUUUUUUAUACAGCCUUUCAUGUUUUUUAACAAUUUGUGUUAAAUAUUAUCAUAUAAUGCUAUUUUAGAAUAUGUAGUAGAUAAUUAACACUGUUACUGUAUCCAUACUACUUCAUCUUUUUUACUUCCACAUUUUAACACAUUUGUUAUAGAUAAGAACACUUUAAUACAUUGUACGGUUAUUUUUGAAACAUGUUCAUUGGCAGCUCUACAAGUACUUGUCUUUCUGCACAUGGUUGUUACAAGAAAUGCCUUAUGAAUCAGGUUUAUUUGUUUUUUAAUUCAUUAAUUUUUUUAAACAUUGUAAAUGUUUUCUAAACAUUAUAGUGUUAGAAAUAUUUAAAAGUAAGUCUCUUAUGUUUUUAGUCAGUACAUUUUAUGAGCCUUUUUUUUUUUUUGGAUAAAAAAAUUCUAUUAACACAAACUAAAUUAUAACAAAAUAUUUAUUCUACAGCUUAAAAAGUCAAUAAAAGUUCUCAAAAGACCUUAAUUGUUGCAUCCUUAGGUCUGUUUGAUCUAAAAUUUUGGAAUUCAUAAAUAUAGUGAUAUGGAGAAAUUAUGGACAAAAAAAGUCUUUAUGCUAGUAAAUUUCAUCCUUAGACCUUAAUUGUUGCAUCCUUAGGCCUGUUUGAACUAAACUUUUUGAAGUCAUAAAUAUAGUGAUUUGGAGAAAUUAUGUCCAAAAAAAAAAAGCAUUAUGCUGAUAAAUUUUAUCGGAAUUGUACUAUUUUAGGUGAAUGAAAUUCAUUAGGCAAAUUUACCUCUUAAAAAAAAGGAAAGAAAAAAGCUUGCUUCUUAAAUAUUAAAACUUACAUCGAAUUUUAGAACAAUCCAAUGAAGAUUCCUUAAUGCAAAUAUUUUUAACUGCAAGAUGGAGUAUUCUAAACUUGAUAGCAAAGUUUUUUCUUUCUUUGUUUUUGAAAAAAAAAAAAAAAAAAAAAGCCAACAAAAUCUGCGUGACUUUUCUUAUGCAUGAAAUUCACAAAAAUUUGACUUGAUCUCUUAUUUACUACAUUACCAAAGUUGAAUUUCAAAAGAUAUACUUUGUAUUAAAUACAGUGGAAUCUUAUUAACAUAAACAUGCUUAAAUUAUAUUAUAAAACAUAAAAAAAAAGUUAUAGAUCUGCAUUUUUAUUUAAAAAAAAUCAUUGUGUUAAUGGAGCCAACUUGAACAUCUUAAAAACCUUUUCCUUAAGUAUUCAUGUUAAUGAGAUUUUACUAUAUUUUAUUUCACCUACAAUAUUCUAGUAUACUAAUUACUACAUGAACACUCUUAUAAAAAUUGUACAUGAUAGAUUAUCUUUCAAUAUUCUAAUGAAAAUUUUAUAUUCAAAUUAUGAUGUGGUAUAUAUAUGUAUAUGACUAAGAAUAAAUUAUAGAGUAUUUUCCCAUAUUUUUUAUAGAUGUAAGAUACUUGUUGAAAUGUGAUGCUUUACUCAAAUCUUAAAUAACUCUUUGUCAUUUUUAAAGUUUAUUAAUUUCGUAAAAUUAUAAUAAAGAUAUUCUGUGUUGUAUAUUUUGGUUGUGUAUUUUUCAUCUGCUUGUUAAUCUGUUUAUUGUAUUUUGAAGCAAUUAUAAUAAAAUCCUUUAUUGUUGCAU